AUGACCAACCUCGAUCUCCGCGAGAUAGAGGCUUGCUUGUUUGACGUAUUCGGUACUGUCCUCAACUGGCACAGCACAGUCACUCGCCAAGUGGCCCGCCUUAGCAAGGAGCUGAUUCUCGAAGGCUCACAGGAUGCCGUCGAUUUCGCCGAAGAAUGGAGAGCUGGCAAAAGAGUAGCCCAGGGAGGGGAGGGUACUUUCAACGCAGACAUCAUGCAUCGCCAGAUACUGGAUCAUAUGCUCACCACCCCGCGCUGGUCUCAUCUUACAGAAGUUUGGGUGGGAUCCGAUCGUGAAGAACUGACCAUGAUCUGGCACAACUUGGACGCGUAUCAGGACACUAUCCCCGGCCUGACAGAACUCAAACGUCACGUCUAUAUCCUCGCUCUAUCUAACGGAAACUUUAAAUUACUUCUCGAUCUGGCAAAGAACCAAGGUGUUCCCUGGGAUGGUAUCUUCUCAUCCGAAAUGUUCGGAUCGUACAAGCCAAACAAGGAGGUCUAUGAAUCUGCAGCAUACCACCUUUCUUUGCCUCCUCACAAGAUAGCGAUGGUCGCUGCGCACAAGUUCGACCUCCUCGCCGCCGCCAGCGUCGGUUUCAAGACGAUAUAUGUCCCAAGACCUGCUGAAGAUCCGCGCGAGGUAAGGGAGAGUAUGCGUAGCAAGCAGGACGGCGGUGAGGUGGAUCUUGUUGUUAAAGAUUUUCAAGAGCUGGCGAGGCUUAUACGUGAAUCUCGAGAAAGUUGA